CGGAACGUUAAACUUAUAGCUAUUUAGUUAUUCGUUCUUGUGUCGUGCCAAGUUGAAGCCGUACUGUUACGUAGAGCGCUUGUAAAUACUUACGUUAACGAACAAUAGUGCAGUGAAGUGAUUUUUAUGACUAGUAUUGUUUUUUUUAUUGAUUGGUAAUAAAAUUAAUUCAGAAUGUGGUAAGAACAGAGUUGGCUAUGGUGCGCGGGAGCUAUUCGUUUCCGAUAGAAGUGGAAAGUUGAUUUGUUUGUUAUGUGUUACUUGAUUUUAGUGUAAUCGUGUUUACUUCUAGUGUUAUUUAUUUACAAUGAGGGAUUUAAGAUUUUUAAUUAAUUUCGCGUUAUGGACAGCAAUAGCAUACUUGGUGGUGCAGUUCCCUCUCACGGAGACGAGGAUGGAGGAGGUUGACUCCAAGUACAAGAGCAUGGAGCCCCCACCGUCGACGGAGAACCCAAAGCCGGAGCCCCGCGUCGAGUUGAAGCUGGGCAAGUGUUUCCACAUGUCCCGGGAGCAUUGCCCCACGGACGGACACAAGUGCAAGCGGGUGGACCCUGUCUCCGUGUUCUGCUGCGACGUCGACAACUUCCGGCUGAAGGAGGCGCUCGCCAUCAUCAUGACGCAGAACACCACGAAUCUGCACGUGUUGAACGCGACUAUUGACGAGCUGGACGUGUCGCAGUCCAUAUUCCGACGGCUGACAUCCAUGGCGCUCACCGACGGGAAUAUUGGCAAAAUAGUUGGUCAGUUCCCGAAGUACUCGUCGAUCGCGUGUCUGAAUAUCUCCAACAAUAACCUCAGCAGCGCGACACUCAAGCCGCCCAUACAGCGCCCGUUCGCCUACUUGUUCACGCUCACCGUGCUGGACGCCUCCUCCAACAACCUCACGGAGUUCCCGCUCAGCCUGGUGCAGAGCAAUCGCAAGAUAUCCGUCGAUCUUUCAGGGAACAAUUACCUCCCGUGCAAGAACUUUGCGAAGGCGAUGGAGCUGAACAACAGUUCCCUGGUGACGUUCCUGAACUACAACAAGACGUACUGCGCGCUCGACCUCCGCUUUAACUGGUUCAAGGAUGUCACCAUCGUGCAGAUUGAGUACUUGCGGAUGCAAAAAGAGCUAAACGUCAGCUGCCGUAACAUUAAGCCCGCCAAUAUAAACUGCACGUGUUCCCCCGAGCGCUUGGAGCUGAUGAAUGACGAGGUGACCAAGCUGGUGGCGGUGGACUGCUCGCAGCGACACCUCAAGGAGAUGCCCACGGAUCUGCCGCCCAACACGGUGCAGCUAAAUGUGUCUUACAAUAAUAUAACAUCUCUGCAAGCGGUGUCGGACGACCCGAGUUACGAGCAUCUCCGGUUCCUGUUUGUGGACCACAACGACAUCGCGAACAUCAUCGAGCUCGAGGGUUCCAAGUUCAUCGACAACUUCCGACUGCUAACCAUUACCCAUAAUAAGUUGAGGACUAUCCACACGUACGUGCUGUCAAACCGUUACGACAAGACGGGGCCCGCGCUACUCAUGGGCGGUAACUAUCUGCACUGCGACUGUAACACUGAGAAGGUGCUCAAGCCGUGGUUACUGGAGAACAGCAAGAUAAUCCCGGACUUCAAAGAGCUGCAGUGUGAGGGCAGCAUGGGAGCCGUGGUGGAGCUGAAGGAGCUCCAAGUGUGUCACUCACCGAGGGACUGGACGGACUAUAUCUACUACAUCAUCGGCCUCGAGGUGAUGGUCCUGGUGUUGCUGAUCAGCAAGGUUUCUUACGACUACUGGGUGUUCAAGACUGCGGGAUACCUGCCCUGGCCGGCCAACAAGAUGCCGCGGUUACCGUGCGAUUGGCUGUGCGAGUAAAUUACUUCAGACAUGCCGUUGGUACAUCAUGCAGCUGUUGUUGCUCGAUUUAAUAAUUCUAGUGGCACGUUAUGGCAAUUUACUAUUAAAAAUUGGACGUAGUUUCUGAAAAACGUUCCAAGCCACAAACAUCACAUUUUAAGGAAUUCGUAUUUAACAGUCCAUUUAUAUGAAUCACGUGACCAAUUUGUGUUCUUAAACCAAUUUCGACAUGAUUGUGGUUUCGAACGUUUUUCUGGAAUUACGUCCAAUUAUAAAAGCCGGUAAAGCAGCAACAAUUUCAUACUUCAAAUGUCAUGUGUCACAAACAAAGUAGACAUAUGUCAAUGUCAAAAAGUCAUCAUGACGUGCUGGUAGUUUAAUACUUACAGCGUUUGAUAUUCACACAUUGGGAACGCUUUUGUAAUGUAUACAUUGUUGUCUCUGUGUUAUUCUCGUUCACUGUACCCACCUCUACGGUAUGUUUUUAUCUAUCUAUUGACUAUUGAACUGCGAUUAGAAAUUAUAGACGUGUAUAGAAUAGAAAGUUUAUACGUAUAAUUUAAAUUUUUAUCUUUGAAAUAAAGUCAACUUUAGUACUAAAUAGAUUUAAAGAUAACAUAAACUAAAAACCGAGAAUUAUCUCACGGUUUUUAAGUUGCGUGGUCAAUAAAACUAUAAUUAAAUUAUUAUAAGGAGCUUGACUACACUAAACUUAAGAGGCACAAUGACUUUUACUAUUAAGAGCUACUAUUUUUAUCAAAACAUGUACCCCCUUAUUCAUAAUGGUCCGCUAACUUUAAACAGCCGCUAAGGAGUGUUUUUUCUCAUUCUGACUUAGGUCAAUAGAAGAAAACAGAGUGCGAAUUAGCAAUUCUUUAAGUUAGCAGACUAUUAUGAAUAAGGGGGGUAGCGUUUUGGGUAAUUUCCUUUAAAAUGAAUUGUAUAGGUAGAUACUUUAAUGUUAUUUGUGUGACCAACUAAGCAAACGUUUUUAUUUCAAACCUAAUUUUGUGGUAACUUACUGCGUCUGUUCAAACGUACCUAGCUAUAAACAUGAAACGUUAUGAGUAUUGUGUGGAAAGAUAAACAACUAAUAGAUAUUAUUAUAUAUAUAAAUAAAAGUUAAGUGUUACAUGGUCAUCAUAACAUUUGGACCCUAUUUAAUUUCACCAAACUGACAGGUGCGACAGUUGGCAAUAACAGUUAAUUGCACCUUUACGGCCGUUCCCAAUAUUCAGUCUAUCGCCUACUUGAGAUAAAAAUCGUAACUAUCGUUGACUUUUCUGUCCCAAUAAACUUAUCGACGGUAACUCACCUUAUCCGUACACGCUGUCUGUCAAUGGGACGACGUAUAGCUUACCAGCGAUAGAAGUUUGUAUGGAAAUUUCAAUUCACGCGUCACAAUAUUAGGAGGUAAGAAUGACUUAUCGGGUAUAUUGGGACAGCUUCAGAUUAUCGACAGCUUAUUACUGACAGUAGAAGGUGGUAAUUUAUCUCUAUCUGCAGAUAGUAUAUUGGAAACGGCCGUUAGAUCAUUAAUACGUCUAGAUAGACUAUGACAGCUGUGAAAACGUCGAAAAAAUUGAGUUAACCUCUAUUUGGAGCAAUGCACGCACACUAACACAAAGUGUCUUACAUAUCGCGAGUGUAAAACGUAGCUUGUCACGCACACUUAACUAAUAUUCCUGGUCUGUUUUUAUAAGUUGUCUAACAGCAAGAGACAGUAUCUAGAGUCUAAACCAAUGACGUUCUAUACAUAUAGACAAUGCACCUCAUACAAAAUCAAAGCCGAAAUAUGGCAUAUGCCACAAAUGACAACAUUAAUAACCUUAGACUACUAUGUCUACACAUUUCUGAUUGUGUCCUUUCAUCUGUCUCAUUCUGACAGGCGGGUCUUGUCUGGGGACUUGUCAAUAAUAUUGUACCAUAUUUAAUGAAAAAAUAUUCGUUUUAUUAAAUUACUUCCGCGUUUUGCAUUUAUUUAUUUAUUUAUCAAAAAUACAAUGUAACAUUACAGAUUAAAUCUAAAGCGUUACAAAGAUAUUAUACUAAAGAAAAAACAAUCAAUGGAAAUUAUAAACUAGUUAUCUUAUUUUAUAGAGCUUACAGGCAUCAAACUCUCUAAUCUUUUCUUACAUUCUUUGACCAAGCAUUCCAUCGAGCUGCCAAAUAGAUCACACUGUGGUGCUACCUCAAGUACAGAGUUUAGAAGACAGAUGGCUCGUAUUACAGGCGUGUGCUUAUGCGCUUGAGUG